UCUCUCUCUCUCCAUAUAGCCCACGAAUUUGGUCAUGAGGCGUGAAACCCUUUCUCUUGAGAGGGCACGGCUGAUCCCAGCAAGUGCUCCACAAUCUGAAAAUUGAGAAUUCUUCUUGUUCAUGGCAUGGCACCAAGCUCUUGUCCCCCUACAAUGCUUGCUUUGUAGAGGACAAGGUAAACGAUCUGGUUGUUUCUUCAUCGGAUAAGAAGAAACUGAUUAUUUUGAAACAUCAACUGGGUCUUUUGCCCCAUUAAUCCCCUCUGCUUACACGAUAUCUAGGUUUUUGCGGUUAAUAGUACGGAUUGGACCCGAGGGUGAUGGUGCUUUUUUGUGUUUCUUCCUCUUGGGGUUGGGGGUUUCUAAGCUUUCUUGGAAUCAGGAAAGAAGAUUCUCGCCAUUGAUCUGGAAUUUACUCGGGUUUGGUUGGUGGGUUUUCUAGGGUUUUGAUAGGAUCACUCACUGGUAUGACAGAGGUCUUUCUUUGUCUCUUGUGUGGUGUGAAAUUUUUAGGGUUCAAGAUCGUUUUCUGGUGGUUUGGAGAGAGAAUUGACGUGGGAAGACUGUAUUUUUAAGGUAUUGAUUGGGCAAACAGAUAGUGAGCACUUGAUGUUCCACUGAGUGGUUUGGAGAUCUCAAGGGGAUUCAUGGGCCCCAAUUCGGUUUAUCAAGAGAGCCCUAGUUGCAGUUGCUAUAGUUUCAAGGGUUUGUUUUGUGAUUUUCUUUCACACUAAGUGACUGCUACUUAAAUCUGUUAGACAAAUGGUAAAUCUUAUACUGGACAUGGAAGAAGAUUGCACUUUCAAAUUCAUGGGGGUUUAAUUUGCUUGUUCCUUAUCUGCAGAUGAAUUGUGAUUGUUCUCUUGGGAUUAUAGAAUAAAGCUCCCAAAUUCCACGUUAUUCUCCCUUCAAGUUUUUAAGUAGGGUUUCUAGGCUUGAGGGUUCUCAAAUUAGGUUUUAUAUAACUGAAACUUUGAUAAUAAUUUAGGGGUUCUUGUCUCUGGCUUUUGCUGAUCUUGGGAAUGCUUCUACUGCAGAUUCAGAGGCAGGUGUCCAUUAAAAGGAAUUGGGCAAUAAUUCUCUCUCAUUUCACGCCAAGAACUGCCUUAUUUACUUGCCCUGGACCUCUGUUUUCCAAGAUCCCAUUUGGAUUGACAUAUACCUGAAAAACCCAUCUCACACAUGUUUUGUUUUUGAUUUUUUAUUUAUUUGAACUCUCAUAGAGGCUUCUCUAUCUAUAGAAAUAACUGUGCAUGGCCAUUGGUCUGAAAGUUUCCAUGAAUCUACUCUCUCUUUGAACUUUUGAUCACUGGCCUAAGUUUUUCCUUGAAUCUGCUCCCAUUCUCAAGUUUUAAGUAUCUGGAAUGGCACCCACUAAUUAUCACUUUCCUGGGCAAAAGUGCUGAAUUGUAUUGGUCUUUGGGAGCCUUCUUGUGGUUGUCAUUGCAACUGCUCUCUCAAAGCAGUUGGUGGUGCAUUGGGUGUGGCGUGCUGAAGGCUGGAAAUGAGUGUGGUGACAUGGUGCAUGAGAGGGAGUUCAAUUCUCUGUUGGUUUCUUUAUUGGAACAGUUCAGCCACUGGAAGUUGGGUAUAGGCAUUAUUUUCUCGGUGGAAAAAGCCUGCAUUUCCAUCACAGGGGUUUUGUGCCAUGUCUCGGUGCUUCCCAUUUCCACCACCAGGAUAUGAAAAGAAGGCUAGGGGCGAUGAUGUUGAGUUAUUGACGAAGGAAAAGCACAAAGAGAAAAAGCAUAAGAAAGAGAAGAGGGACAAAGAAAAGAGAGAGGGUAAAGAGAGAAAAGAUAAAGACAAAAACAAGGAGAAGCAUAAAGAUAAGAAAAAGGAAAAGCACAAAGAUAAGAAGAAGGACAAAGAUCGAGAGAAGGAUAAAACCAAGACAACUGAUGAAAAGGGAAGUGAUGAAGGUCACUUAUUUUGUGUUGGAGAGAGCAGCAGGGAGAGAGAUAAGCAGGCACUUAAGAAUAAGGACUUUGAGCAGGAGUUCAUUCGAAGGAUCAGUGCUGAGGCAGGGGAUGCCAAGAACCGGAUCCCUGAGAAAUUCAAUGGAACUAUACUUCAAAGAGGAAUUCAGGAUACAGGAAGAGUGGCAUCAGAUGUUGAAAAGAAGUUUGACGGGAAAGAGAAAACUCGUGAUAAGGAGAAUGAUGAUAGGAAAAAAGAGAGGCGAAAAGAUAGGGAUCGAGAUGAGAAGAGGAGCAAGGAUGCCGACAAGGCUAAAGAGAAGGAAAAAGAGAAGGACAAAGUGAAGGAGAGAUCUGAACAUAAGCAUAGGGACCAGGAGAGAGAGUCCCACAAAGGUGUGCAUAAGCAUAAACAACAGGUGGCGGAAACCCACAAAAGUGAGCAUAUCGAUUCCUGUGGCAUUUACUCGGUGCAUCCUCAGGAAAACCUCAGAAAGAGAAAGGACUCAGAGACAAAUGGUGUCCUACAUGACAAUGACAUACGGCCUAAUAAGCUGCCCAGACUGGCUUCUUCCACCCAUUUGCACAUGGAGAAUGGAAGGAAAGCAGAGCAGUGCCAUAUUGCUAAUCCAUGUUUUUACGAUAAACAAGGAAUCACAGUAGAUAAUAGCAACAAGAAGCUUGAGAGAACCACCUUCGGUGGCACGGUUUGCUUGACCCCACAAAGCAAUAAGGACCAGAAUCACAGGAUUAAUGGUAAAAUAGAAGCUCAGCUGCCUUUGGUCAAUCAUUCACGGCCCGAGAAGAGUGGGAAGAAGGUUGAGGUUGAAAUGGAAGCCCGGCCACCUUUGGCUGAUCAUUCAAGGCCUGAGAAGGGUGGGAACAAGGUUGAGGUUGAAAUGGAAGCCCGGCCACCUUUGACUGAUCAUUCAAGGCCUGAGAAGAGUGGGAAGAAGGUUGAGGUUGAAAUGGAAGCCCGGCCACCUUUGACUGAUCAUUUAAGGCCUGAGAAGAGUGGGAAGAAGGUUGAGGUUGAAGAAGCGAGUAGGAGGCCUCCUCACCCUGAUACCCAGUUUUUAAACCUGAUUUAUACUGUACCAGAAAUGGCAGAGUGGUCCAAAUUUGACAACCAAGAGUGGCUUUUUAGCAGUGAUGACCUUCAAACAAAGCCUAAGAUUGUAGCAGAGGCUCCACAAGUAUGGGCAGAAUCAGUGCAUAUAGAGUCUGCAGAUGUCCAUGCUUUGCCAUAUGUCAUUCCUUACUGAUAUGAAAAUUGAGUGUUUUUUCUCCCUCCUAUCCUAGUGCUGAUUCAAUCACAAAAGAGUUAUCUAUCAAAAGGUACGGCGCCAUUUUUUUUUCCCUUUUUUUUGUUGUUUUCUUCAUAUUACCUUUUCUUAUUAGGUGGUUGGUUUCCAACCUGGUUCAAAAGGUAUUUAUAAUUUCAUAGUCCCUCAUCAAUUAUCAAGGAGCAUUGGUUUGGAAAUUGUUACCACCAUUUCAUUGCAUGCCCUGUUUUAGGUUGGUGAAUCUUGCAGGGCUGGGAUUUUACAGGAUUCCUCCAUUCUAAUUAUGAGGAGCUUAUAUACUACAAAUUGGGGAAAAAAAUAGAAAAAAGAAAAAGAAAAGAAAAGUUGGAGGUUUGAGCCAUUGGGUUGGUUCAAAAUGAGUCUUGUAGGGGUUUAUGCUUUGAGUUGAAACCUAGGCUUCUCAGAGUAGGCUGAAGUGGUCUUUGUUGCAGAACCACACAAUUUUGAUUUGUAUCAUAGAAUCUUAGUGACGAUGUUAUGAAAUGUACAUUAGCAAACAAUCAAAAAAGAAAAAGGGAAAUGAAGAGGUGACGGCAUUUGUUCAUA